CAGUUCUUAUUUAUCUACUCGAGAGUAUCGGAUCGAAGAGAAUCUUGAAAGUGUCAACCAAUAUGGCAGAUAAUCAAUAUGAAGAUCUUGUACCACCUGGCGGUCCUACUCCAGAAAAGGCAGCAAUUCCAGCAUUUCCAGAAUCGAAUGCUCCUUCACAACCAGAAAUCAAUAUUCCUCAGUUUCCAAAUGCUCAAGGGACCGGAGCACCUCCACCUCCAACACCACUUGCAAAUCCGACAGAAGACAACAAAAAAGCAGUUUCUGUUAAAGACAGUUCAAAAGUUGAUAGUAAAAUAGUGAAGGCAACCGGUGAUGGAAAAAAGAAGAAAAAUGGAAAGAGUAGUGAGACAAAGACUAAGAAUAAGGUUAAGAAAAACAAAUCAAAGGCCAGUGCUGAUGAGAGUCAAAUGGGAAGUGCAGAAGAACGUUUGUCAACUAAUAGACCAUCUACUCUUGAUUAUUGUCAAGUUGCUAUUCUCAUAACUCUUCUCGUCAUCAUCUGUCUUGUUUCCAUUCCCGUUUUGUUGAUUUCUCGUGGAAUGUUCGACAUGGCGAAUAUCAAAGAAUCUUUGGAGAAGGAAGAGUGAAAAAAUAGAACUGUUCCAAUACUAGUAAAAUGUUUUGAUUGAAGAUAUUUUUAUCUUUG